AUGUCGGCCAUAUACAACCUCGAGCCACAGCCCACGGCAUCCGCGAUCCUGCACACGACCCAGGGCGACCUCUCCGUCGAGCUCUGGGCGAAGCAGGCCCCCCUCACAUGCCGCAACUUUCUGCAGCUCGCCCUCGACGGCUACUACGACAACACAAUCUUCCAUCGACUCAUCCCGGGGUUCAUUCUCCAGGGUGGCGAUCCGACAGGCACUGGCAAUGGCGGCGAGUCGAUCUACGACGGCGGGGCAUUCAGCGAUGAGCUGGACCCGUGGCCGAUGGACGAGCGACGAGGUCAGAACGCCGGCCCUACCGGCGUGUGCUUCAAGGACGAGUUCCACUCGAGGUUGAAAUUCAACCGUCGAGGCCUCUUAGGCAUGGCCAACGAGAGCAAACCGGACACCAAUGGCAGCCAAUUCUUCUUCACGCUCGACCAGACGGAAGAACUGACGAACAAGAACACGCUGUUUGGGCGCAUCAUGGGUGACACGAUCUACAACCUGGCCAAGAUGGGCGAAGGCGAGGUCACGCCCGGCACAGAUCGGCCGACCUACCCAGUCAAGAUUACAAGUGUGGAGAUCCUGGUCAACCCCUUCGAAGACAUGGUCAAGCGGUCGCGCGUGGCAGCUCAAGCCCCGAAGACUGUCGUGGUAGAGCGCAAGAAGAAAAGGAAAGGCGGAAAGCAGCUCCUCAGCUUCGGUGACGAGGAGGGCGAAGGCGAGGUUACUCCCGCGUUUAAGAAGCCCAAAUUCGACACGAGAAUAGUGAUGGACCUGGAAGAGGAAGAACCUAAGAAGAACGAGAAGAAGGGCAAGAAGACGGCCAAGUCACGGGCUCAUCAGGCUGCCGCGAACCGUAAACCUGUACCGACAACCGAACUACACACAUCGGACGAGGAGGACAAACCACAAGCCAAGAAGGCUUCACCACCACAAAAAAGGCUUCCUGUCAAGAUGGAGAUUGAAUCUUCUCCAGAGCCUGAGGAGAAGCCACAGAAGACAGCAUUGGAGAAAGCCAACGAAGAGAUUGCCGCGCUCAAGGCAUCCAUGAAACGGAAUUUCCAGACGGAGCAGGCGCCACAAGCGAAAAAGAAAUCAGCACUCGAAAAUAUGAUUCCAGAAACCUCUGUCAGGGGCAGGAAACGAAGGACGGGGGGCACCACGGUUACGCGGGAGGACCAGGCGGCCUUGGACCUGCUGAAUGCCUUCAAAUCAAAACUCGACCAGGUCCCAGCAGGGAAGGAGAUGACGGAAAGGCCAAAGCCGGACGAAGCCAUUCAUGACAAGGUCGCAAAGGGCGGCGACGACGAGGACACCGAACUCUGCGAUCUUCACUUUAUUGUCAAUUGCCAGAGCUGCAAAGCCUGGGACAAGGCCGGCCAGGACGAGGAGAGCGACGACGAGGGCUGGAUGUCACAGGCCCUCAGCUUCAAGGCGGACAAGUUGGGCAAGGAUCUGAGCUACCGCAAAAAGGCCGAGGAGGAGCUCGUGGUGAUCGAUCCGCGGGCCAAGGCGCGGACCCUCCAGGAGGAGAAGAAAGCCGAAAGGGAAGCUCGGUCGGGCAAGACUGGCAGGGAAUGGGAUCAGGCAAGGAAUGCCAAAAUGGCCAAGGCAUCUGCACUGGCGGGCCGAGGGGCCCGAUAG